ACACACACACACACACACACACCCCUCCCAUCCUGCUGUGUGAUGUAAGUAUAUUAAAGCCCCUCUGUGUUCCUCAGCUGUCUUGUGGAGGAUCAGCUCACAGAAACACACACACUCUCUCUCUCUCUUCAGCACUAUGAGUGAUCUCUACACAGUGGAGUUAACCGCUCCUGGACCAUGGGGUUUCAGACUACAGGGUGGAAAAGACUUCAGCAUGCCGCUCACCAUCUCACGACUGACAGACAAUGGUAAGGCGAGUAAAGCAGGUGUUGCCGUUGGUGAUGCUGUCAUCUCCAUAGGGGACCUGAAAACAGAAGAACUGAAUCAUCUGGAGGCUCAGAGCAAGAUCAAGGAGUGUAAAGGCAACCUGAAACUCACACUGCAGAGAGCAGCCAGUGUUCCCAAACCUGCUGCAGCACAGAAGACAACUACAGUAACAUCAAUCACGAGUGUUACAGUCCCUAAGCCUCCAGUAAACAGGGUGAUCCGUAAGCCCAUUAUACAGACAGAUAUCGGGUUCUACCACGAGGCAUCUCACGCUGAUGCGAGCAGGAAACGCAUCAUGGAGGACACGGAGGACUGGAGACCCAGAACAGGGACAUCCCAGUCACGUUCAUUCCAUAUCCUCGCCCAGAUCACCGGCACUGAGGCUCUGCCAGAGGAAGUGGUCUCAAAGAAGAGUGCAGUGAAAGAGAUGAAGAAGAUUAAAGUUGGUCCUCAGUAUCAUAAACUGAGAGACUGGCACCAUGGAGUUUCUGCUCAAACCCUCAACGUGCUCAGUCUCGUCUAGUGUGUGUGUGUGUGUGUGUGUGUUCAUGCAUGUGUGUGUGUAAAUCUGUAUUAAGUGGUGUUUGUGGAGCUCGGCGUGUUCAGUGAGGAGAAAUCCUGGAGGCUUUAUGAAAGCAUGUGUUUUGUUAGCAGUUAGCAGUAAACUAGCCAGCUUUAAUGGUCAGGAGUUUCUGCAUUGUCUCUCUCACAGAGCCGUAAGGUUUCCUCUCAGUGUGAGAAGUUUAAGCCUAUGAAGUGUCUGUGUGGAUGUGAAGGAAACACAUCAUGUGAGCUGUGGGAUCAUCACACACAGCAACUUCACGCUGAUGGAGAUCUUUCUCUGCUUUAUGGAACUUGGGAAUUGGAGUUAAGAGCUUUAGUCAGAUGCAGCGUUACUCACAUGAGCAACAGCUGAGCUAAAUAGCUAGCAUGGUGUUUAGCUGCUAUCUACACUGCUCUGAAUAAAACUGUAUCUUACAGAAUUAGAUGUGUUGCUGUUAGCAUUACAUACAAAAUGUGAGAUUAGCAUGGUAGCAGUUCCCCUCAUGCUAGCAUGACUAGCCACACUGUACUCCCGAAAGUUAGCAUUUAGCCUGGUGUGUGUUAAAUUGUUUUUUAUUUGUUGUUGUUUGUUUUUUGCUAAGUCACAUAUUUCAUGGAUGUUUUUCUGUUUCUUUUUCUGUGAUGAUGCAAUAAACGUGUUUGCGUGUCCUCCA